GCGCGGCGGCGGGCGGAGCCUCCCCGCCGCUCGCCCCUCCGCCCGGCCGCUGCGGCAGUGUCUCGGAGGCGGGCAGGCGGCCGGUCCCUCCGGUCCCCCGGCAGCAUCCCGGCCCCGCCAUGGCUGGCGUCGGCUUCGCGGCGCACCGCCUGGAGCUGCUCGCCUCCUACCAGGACGUGAUCGGCGAGGACAGCCCCACCGACUGGGCUCUCUACACAUACGAGGAUGACUCCGACGACCUGAAGCUGGCGGCGUCGGGAGGCGGUGGCUUGCUGGAGCUCUCGGGCCACUUCGAGAUCCAGAAGGUGAUGUACGGCUUCUGCAGCGUCAAGGACCCCCAGGCCGUGCUCCCCAAAUACGUCCUCGUCAACUGGGUGGGUGAGGACGUGCCCGACGCCCGCAAGUGCGCCUGCGCCAGCCACGUCGCCAAGAUCGCCGAGUUUUUCCAGGGCGUGGACGUCAUCGUCAACGCCAGCAGCGUGGAGGACAUCGACCCUGGUGCCAUCGGGCAGCGCCUCUCCAACGGGCUGGCGCGUGUCUCCAGCCCCGUGCUGCACCGCCUGCGCCUGCGGGAGGACGAGACCGCCGAGCCCGUGGGCACCACCUACCAGAAAACCGACGCCACCGUGGAGAUGAAGCGCAUCAACCGGGAGCAGUUCUGGGAGCAGGCCAAGAAAGAGGAGGAACUGCGCAAGGAGGAGGAGCGGAAAAAGGCGCUGGACGCACGGCUGCGCUUCGAGCAGGAGCGCAUGGAGCAGGAGCGGCUGGAGCAGGAGGAGCGCGAGAGGCGCUACCGGGAGCGCGAGGAGCAGAUCGAGGAGCACAGGCGGAAGCAGCAGAGCAUGGAGGCGGAGGAGGCCAGGCAGCGCCUGAAGGAGCAGUCCAUCUUCGGGGAGCAGCAAGAGGAGGACGACAGGCAGCAGCUCAGGAAAUCCGAGUCGGAGGUGGAGGAGGCCGCCGCCAUCAUCGCCCAGCGGCCCGACAACCCCCGGGAUUUCUUCAAGCAGCAGGAGCGGGUGGCGUCGGGCAGCGGCGAGGCCGUCUCGCCGGGCAGCCACAGGACAGGUCGUCUGCACUGUCCUUUCAUAAAGACAGCUGACAGUGGGCCGCCUUCUUCCUCUUCCUCCUCCUCCUCCCCCCCGCGGACCCCCUUCCCCUAUAUCUCCUGCCACCGCACCCCAAAUCUCUCCUCUUUCUUUCCAUGCAGCCAGUCGGAUGCCUACCGCAAGGCCUCGGCGGCGGGCUGCAGCCCCUGCGAGUCCAGCCCGGCCUCCACGCCGCGGGGCGAGCAGGCUGCCCGCGCCCUGGGCGAAGAGACGCCGGCAACGCCCAAAGACUCCCCCAGCCCCGGCGCCCGGGAGGCAGAGGCAGCCGCCGCCGAGCAGCACUGGGCCUUCGCGGGGGGUGAGGACAAGGCCACGGAGCCCCCCGGGGACGAGCCGGGCCCCGGGCCAGCGUGGACAGCGGGGGCUGAUGCCCUGGGCGACCUGGCGAGCCUGGAGCCGGCCCCGGCGCCCGCAGUGGCCGAGCCCCAGCCCGCGGGGAUGCCCGAGCCCGAGAGCCUCAUCGAGCUGUGGCAGAGCGAUGGGGCGGCCCCCACCGGCGCCUGGCCCCUGCCCGCCGCCCCUGCCCCACAGGGGCCCCCCCCUGCUGUCCCCGAGGCCUCGCCUGGCGACGACGGUGCCUUGCUGAGCCUGGACGAGCUGCCGGAGCCACCGGCCACCUUCUGCGAUGCGGAGCAGGAGGAGGAGCCAGGCAGCGGGGGCGCACUGGAGGGACCCCACGCCGUGACGCUCGGCUACCAGCACGCCUUGCAGGAGGCCACCCUGGGCCACCCGGGCCCCGACACCCCCCUCAUGACCAACGGGGAGAUGGCGCUCAAGGACGGCACGCAGGGCCGCGGGGAGCAGGCCAGCGAGGGCUACUUCAGCCAAUCGCAGGACGAGGAGGUGCCCCAGCCCGAGGAGCUGUCGGCCAAAGCCCCCCAGCCCAUCUUCUACAACAAGCCCCCAGAGAUCGACAUCACGUGCUGGGACGCAGACCCGCUGCCGGAGGAGGAGGAGAGCUUCGGGGGCGGCGUGUAAGGCUGGGCCCCGCUCCCGGCGCACGGAGCCAGCCCCCGCCGGCGCGGGGCACGCGGUGGCCGCAGCUGGGGUCCGGCCCUGGCCCCCUCCCCGCUGCAGCCCCGUGGGCUGAGGCCUCCGGCCACGAGCCGGGGGGCCGCCCCGCAGCGCCCCUGCCCCGGGGCACCUUUUACAGCUCCCCCUUCUCUUUCUCUCUCUCUUUUUUAAGUUGUCGGUAGGAGACGUGUCAGUCCGCCAGCCCCCCCCGCCCUGAUUAGCAGCCCCCCCCCUCGCUGCCCCCCGUCCCGGGGGGACGGUGCCGCCCCGUGGUGUCCCACUCCUGGGUGUGGGACGGGCUCCUCGCUCGCUCCUUGCCCGCCGGCUCCCCCCCGGCGCCCCCGACUACUUUGCACGAGUUCAAAAGAGGAAUAAUAAUAAUAAUAAACGAAUAUGGCAAUAAAGCGACCCUACCGAGGCAAGGCUGCGCCCCCCCCCCAUCCCCCAAACCCCCGCUGCCCCUCCCCCUGGGCUGGCUGCAGCCAGACCCUGCGUGGGGCUGGCCGGGGGCCCAGCGCCAGCGCGGUGCCCCCUCCCUCCUCUUCCUCGCCCGAGGGCCGCCUGCAGCCUGGGCAUGCCCGCCGGCCCCCCCCCGCCAUCCCAGCCCCCCUCCUGCCCCGCUUCGCCCCCCGCUUGGCCCCUUUCUCACGUACGGUAACUGUUUUUUGGAAAGCACAAGUUCUGUAACGGCGGUGUGCUCAUGUAUGUUAAUAAAUAAAGCGACUCCCGA